AGAAAUGACAUCAUUGUUAUUUUCAGUGGCGCUGCAGCUUCGAGGUGGAUAAAGUUCGUCUCCACGUUGGAAGUGAUAGAAAGUAUUAUCCUUUAUUCCGGCACCGUUUGUUGUUUUAAGGAACGAGGAUCAAUCAGAUGAGGAUAUUUGAGGUGUGAAAACACGGAGGCUCCUCGGACGAACGACGACGUUUGUUGGCGAACGCGCGCGUCAUAGGAGAAAAGUUUUCUCAGGACACUGAAGUUGUCAAGUGAGUUGAACUUCAACAAUAGGCGGACUCUAUUACAAGACAGUUCAGAGAUCUGGAGUCACAGAACACAUGUGAACUGUCCAGUUCAUUCUUUAUUUUUCUGAAAAAGGGAAAGGACAUUUUUCUUCAAGGUGAUUAAAAAAAACUUUAUGUCCAGAAAAAUGGAAGCGACUUUCUACGACGAAGCCGUGAAGGCUUCGAACGCGCAGCAUGACGGAGCCACGGUGUUUGGAUUCAACCCCAAAACCCUGAAACAGACCAUGACUCUGAACCUCAACGACCCGAAAAACUUCAAACCGCAGCUGGGCGCCAAGGCUAUGGACAUCCUGACGUCCCCUGAUGUGGGUUUGCUGAAGCUGGCCUCGCCUGAGCUGGAGAGACUGAUCAUCCAGUCCUGCACGGGACUCACGACUCCCACUCCCACCCAGUUCGUCUGUCCUAAGAAUAUCACAGACGAGCAGGAGGGCUUCGCUGAGGGCUUUGUCAGGGCUUUGGCUGAGCUCCACUACCAGCAGCAGCCCCCGGUGGUUCACACUGAAUCACAGAGCAGCAACGCCGCCACCGGCGCAGCAUCCGGCACUGCUGCGUCCGAGGGCGGCGGCGGGAUUCCCUACAGCUGCGCGCCGCGCAGCGAGCCGCCUGAAUACACCAACCUGGGCUCUUUUAACCGAGCUGGAGGCUCCGCGUGUGCACCUGCCGGCGAGAGGCACCCACCCACGGGCUACCCAGCUGCUCCACCACCGCCCCACAACCACAUGGACCACCAGCUGACGGGAGCGCAGCAGCACUCGCGGCUACACCCUCUCAAAGAGGAGCCGCAGACGGUGCCCGAGAUGUCCGGCGACACUCCGCCACUCUCCCCCAUCGACAUGGAGAGCCAGGAGCGCAUCAAAGCGGAGAGGAAGCGCAUGCGGAACAGGGUGGCCGCGUCCAAGUGCCGGAAAAGGAAGCUGGAGAGGAUCUCCCGGCUGGAGGACAGGGUCAAAAAUCUGAAGAACCAAAACACAGAGUUGGUUUCCUCCGCCAAUGUCCUCCGUGACGAACUGGCUCUUCUCAAACAAAAGGUCAUGGACCACGUCAACAGCGGCUGCCAGCUCAUUUUGACGCAGCAGCUCCAAGCUUAUUAGAAAGGGAAAAUAAUAACCAAGGGACAUUUCUUGGGGACCAAAUGCAGCUUAAAUUGGCCUUAAAAAAAUGACUCUCAUGUAAUGUUUCCACCAAAUUAUCUGCUCAGGCUGCGUGGUGACAAGAUACACGCAAUAUAGGUCAAUGUAAUGAAAUAAAAGGAAUGGAGGCCAUGAAACGUAUUGCACGGACGCUCAGAGGAAACAUUUGCUCAUAUUACACCUUUUUUUUCACAUGACUUUUGCCUGUUUCUUUUUUUCCACCCCAAACGACAAAAUGUAUGUUGUCUUCAGCCAAGGAAACAUGGCAGGUGUCCGUUUAAUCUGCCACGGUCUUACUGUCAGAUUUUGGCCUCAAACAGUCUUCCAUCCUGACUGGACUCUCUGAGCUUGUGUGGGAAUAACUGGAGAAAACAGUGACCAAGGCCAUGUGCUGGAAAUCUGCCACUAUAUCACGUUUAUGAUAAAUAUGUUGUCAAUGUAUGCACAUAGAUGUGAGACAAGCACCGAGUAUCCCACCAGCGAUUUAACACUUUGAAACAGUUUCACACCUUUUUACGCAAGGACUAUAUAGGUGUGUGUAGCGUUUACUGACAAAAAAAAAGAAACUGCCUUACUUUCUUAACCCUUGUGUUCAUACAGCUUUGUCAUAUAGGUGUAACUAAUGUUAAACCUGAAAUAACACUUUGUAAUAAUAUUUGUACGCUGUAUUUUUGAGCACUUAGACUGUAAAUAUGUCAAAAUAAACAUGUUGGACACGC